AUGAAAAUUACUGUUUGGGUGCUUACAGCCCUGAAGGUUUUGGCGUUGUGAAACGACACAGUGAGCACUGGAUCACUUGGAGGGUAUUUUACGUAUAAUGAGAUCCAAAAUGAUAUGAUUAGUCUAGUAUCAGAAUUCCCCAAUCUGGUUUCAUCAGGGACUGUUGGCUCAACUUAUAAAGGUGAAGAGAUCAAAUAUUUAAAAAUUGAACUAGCAGAAGGCUUAGCUCAGGAAGAAAGGACAGGAAUUAUGAUAACGGCAGCUCAGUUUGCAGGAUACCCAAUCGGCCCUUCUCAGGUUAUGUAUAUUGCAAAAGCUCUUGCGAAUACUUACAAAGACGAUAUUAACGAAGAGUUUAUUUUGAGCGUUUCAACUGUUUGGCUUAUACCAGUCAUCAACGUUGAUGCAUAUAUGUUAAUGGAAACAGAGUAUAGCACAAAUAAAAAUUUUCCAGUAAAUUUAAAAAACCUCAACAUGACUGGAUGUGCAACCACAGGUGAAGGAGGGGUGAAUCUUGACCGUAACUGGGGAUUUGAUUGAAAUUCUGGCCAUUCCUCCCACAAUCCUUGUGACUCAGCUUAUAACGGAUACAAAAGCUUUUCUGAGUCUGAAACCUUGGCAUUAAAAAAUUUUGUGGAGAGUAAACAUAUAAGUGUAUGGAUUCACUAUGACAGAAGUGAGGAUGCUUGUAUAACCCCUUAUACAUCAUCAGGCAAGUCAAAAUUCACAGGACCUGCUAAACAUUUCUUUAAAGGUCUGCAAAAAUCCUUGCCAAAAACUACUACAUUUGGGAGCAUAAAAGAAGUAUAUGGAGACAAAGAGGACGGAACUUUGAUUGAUUAUGCAUACUCAGAAGGAAUAAUAGCUUUUGAGAUAGGGAUCAACCAUACAAAAACACCGUCACUUUCUAUUUUCGAUAAGUAUUAUGACUCAGCCAUGUACUCUAUGGAAAGAGCUAAUUAUUGUCUGAAUUUAGAAGUAAAAACUAUUGAAUUCUAUUGUGACGACGGCCCGUAUUCUUGUGAUAGUAAAAAUUCCAGCAGCUAUAUUAUUUAUCAAAUUAAUGUUGAAAACAGUGGGCUAUAUGAUACCGAAAGCUUAAAGGUUUCAUUUGUUUCUAAUAUAGCCCAGAGCCGCCAUUGGCUGUAAAAGGUUUUACCAUUUGAUGGAGUUUACUUGGGCAGGCAGCAUCAGUUGGCAAGCCAACUCCACCAGCUGAAAAGUAAAGCAUAAAUGCCACUGGCAGAGUUGAUUUUGAAACCGAUGUUAGCCGAGCUAAUUCCACUUAUUGGCAGGACCUUUUGAAGCCCAGGGCGAUCCAAAAGAGUCUCUUGGCUAUAACGCUGAAACAAGUGAGUAUAAGAUUUCACCUACUAAACUUAUAAAACUAGAAGACGGCAAAAAGAUUUCUUACAAUAUGACUGUCAUUGCUGCAAACGCUACUUAUAUAUAGAAACUUUCUCUUCAAUAGCGCGAUAAGGCGUGCUUCCUGGUUUGACUAAAAGGUCUUUGGGCCAUGAAAAUCUGAUGUUCCUUCUUUGUAAGAGAGUCAUACAGUGAAAAUAAAGAGUUCUGGCUGACCAAUCUCGAGAACUUAAAGAGAGGCUAUUUGCAAAUUUACACUUUUGGUUCGUCAAAUGGAUCUGGCGAGCCAAUUCUGGCCGCUACUUGAAAUUAUAAAUGAUAGUUGCCAGAAUUUUAUUAAUUUUCUGAUGGCAAGUAUGAUCAGAAUUUUAAUAAAUGGCACAGGAUAAGACAAUCCACUUAAAAAUAUUGUUAAAAUUAAAGCCCCAUUUUUAUAAAAGAUAUAAUAAAUUUAAAAAAAAAUUAUUUUAAAAAAAUAUUUUUUAUAAAAAAUUUAUUUAUAUUGAUAUAAUUAUUUAAAAUUUUUAUUUUAACGUUUAAAGAAAUUUAAAAAUAUUAUAAGAAGAAAAUUUUAAUAUCGUUAGUAAAGUUCGUAAAGAGCAACAAGCGCAUAGCACAAACUUUGGCUUUUAUAAAGCAGUUAGUCAUAAUUAAAUUGGCAUCAUUUAUUUAGAAAUCUAUCCUUCCGCAAAAACACAACUCGAUAAACAACAAGUUUUUAAUUAUUAACUCCAUUUUAAUUUUCUAACGAAAACCAUAUGAGUCAUUAGUAAGUUCGUAAAGAGCAACAAGCGCUUAGCACAAACUUUGGCUUUUAUAAAGCAGUUAGUCAUCAUAAAUUAAAUUGGCAUCAUUUAUUUAGAAAUCUAUCCUUCCGCAAAAACACAACUCGAUAAACAACAAGUUUUUAAUUAUUAACUCCAUUUUUAAUUUUCUAACGAAAACCAUAUGAGUCAUUAGUAAGUUCGUAAAGAGCAACAAGCGCUUAGCACAAACUUUGGCUUUUAUAAAGCAGUUAGUCAUAAUUAAAUUGGCAUCAUUUAUUUAGAAAUCUAUCCUUCCGCAAAAACACAACUCGAUAAACAACAAGUUUUUAAUUAUUAAACUCCAUUUUAAUUUUCUAACGAAAACCAAGUUAGUCAUUAGUAAUUUCGUAAAGAACAGCAAGCGCUUAGCACAAACUUUGGCUUUUAUAAAGCAGUUAUAAUUAUUACCAAAGGAAUUAUUAGAUCGGUUUGAAAGGAAUAAGUUGUCUGAUCCUGUGCCAUUUAUUAAAAUUCUGAUCAUCCUCACCAUCAAAAAAUUAAUAAAAUUCUGGCAACUACCAUUUUUCAUAUCAAGUACUGGCCAGAAUUGGCUCGUCAGAUUCAUUUGACGAACUAAAAUGUAAAUUUUUCACACAGCCUCUCUUCAAGUUCUCGAGAUUGAUCAGGCAGAAUUCUUUAUUUAGGCUGUUUUUCUCCCCCAUGAAUAAAGAAUAGCAAGUUUUCAUAUGUUUAAGAUCAUCCGGUAAAACCUAGGAAUGCACCUUAUCGCGCUAUUGAAAAGAAACUUCUAUAUCAGUUGAGGCUGAUUUUGAAGUUUCCAGCAGUGAAAUUGCAAAUUUUUCGUUAAUUGUAGAAAAAGAAAAGGUUAAGGGCGCAAAAAGUUCAGUUCUUAUUAACUAUCAGGUUUCUGUUAUCAAUGAAAAAGUGCCAGUUUAUGAUCAUGUCUCACAAAGCCUUACCAUUUCAUACAAAGUAGUUAAUCCAGAUGAUGGAGGAGAUGAUGAUAAUAGCAAUAAAAAAGGAAUUGCUAUAGGGAUUGGGCUAGGAUUUGGAGUAGUUCUAAUAAUUAUUGUUAUUGGGGUUAUCUUCUACUGCAAAAAGAACAGAAAAGGCCAGGAUCUGAAGCAACCUAAUAAUCAAGAAAUCCCUAACAGCUUGCCACAGUUUGAGUUUGAUAAAGGAAGAGAGCUUAAUGUACCUCCAAAAAGAUUCAGUCCAGCAAGCCUAGAAGAUUCAAGAGUUUAG